AUGUCGGCUAUCAAACCCCCGGGCGAGCACAAACAGCAGCUAGGAGGGCUGGGUGGCGAUAUUAUGAGAUAUUGCUCGACAGAUGAAGAGACAAUUCUUUGUUCUGAUAGCAUUGAGACUAUUGAUAUUCUGCUCGAACGACUCCGUGCAUGGAAGCACGUAUGUGAAUAUCUCUGCUCUUAUGUUUCUGCAACCGCGAAAGCGCAGAAAUCUCAGUCGCUAGAAUUUGAAACGAUUUUGAAGGAAAUGGUAAAAGUGUAUUCUGUGGCUCAAGGAAACUUGAAUGACAGCGUACUGCCUAUGCUGGAGCGUCUCCUUAAAGAAAUAAAAUCUGAAGCGAAGCAAUUAAAGGCUCACAGAUCCAACGGGCCACACCUGAUCGAAAAAGCAUGGCGCGCAACACAGAAACAUAUUAUUCUCUUGGCUAAGAGCACUAGGUCUUAUGAUGCUGGCACCAAACAUAAGAUUGAGCAGUCCCAUGAUCCCUACCUCCUUCGCCAGGGCGUCGAUAGUCGAUUACAUGAGCAAGCAAUGAAAGAAAUGAAUGAUCAACAAGAAAACCAAGAGAUUCAAGAAUCGUUCCUAUGGUUCGAAAUGCAUAUCUUGCAAACAGUGCAGUGUGUUUUAGCGAAAUUCUUCCAAUUUAUGGGUGGCCAGCUCGAUCAUCUACAUGCAAUGUACGGUGAUAUCCUCGGUACUGCACAACUUAUCCGCCCGGAUCUGGAAUGGCUCAAAUUUGUGGAGCGGAAAAACGCGUCACCACUGAAUCCUGAAGCUCUGGAGAGGUCAUCAGUAUAUACGACGUUUCCAAAUAAAGACCACCGAGCAACGAAACCAAUUAUUGAGGGCAAUUUAAUAUGCCAAUCACAUGGUAUAAAUGAGGAUGGCUAUUAUGUGGUUACACGAGCAGGCUACUUAUAUGGGUUCGGCCGUGAAAAUAACCUUAACCAACGACUUGCUCCGAAUUUAUCCCUAUACUUACCGAACUGCUCGAUCGGUUCGGUGGAUGAUGUGGAAUUCAAUGUUCGAGGCGUGGAUCUUUCCAGCAGGAACCCCGUGAACCCGUUUUAUACCACAUAUGAGUUCAUCUUUAAAGCUCAAAGUGCUGAUGAGGCCGAAAAAUGGCAUUCUGCCAUGGAUGAAGCUAUUCGGCAGACGACAUUAUUUUUGUCAGCGCCUAGAGAUGCAGAAGUGGCUUGA